AUGUUCACAAGCACUUCUCCAAGUAUGACUCUGUCACCAUUGAAUGAGAAGAAGAGAGACUCGCUUCCUUUAUUACAUACUGACAACGAGGAUCAGCAGUCUCUAAUUGAAACGAGCCAAUUGUCCAUUCGUUCACCCUCAUCCAUUUUUAAUGAUGUUAACAAUAACAGUAGUACUAUUAACAGUCAUACUAAAAGACCCCAUUACGAAACAAACUGGGCAUUUGAUACAUUAUGCGCGCAUCCAUAUAGUCCUUUAGCAUCCAUAGAUUUGCAGUCGGUAUUCAAUGUAACCAACUUCCAGUUAUUAUCACAAGAGAAACGAGACGAACUUUACUCACUGCUACCUGAGGCAGAUCAAAAUGCAUUCUUUCAUCCACAUCAUCCUUGUGUCUCCCCUCCUCCUCCUCCGUCAGCCGUAGUGUCUCCUCAGCAUUCUCAGCAUUAUUCUCAAAACUAUAUUCAUCGUCACUAUCACGAAAGCCCUUACCACCAUCCCUACUAUCAAUAUCAACACCCGCAACAAGCUUGUACCUCUACGAACCGCAUUUUCUCGCCACCACCUCAUCAAACUACGGCAACUACCGGAAACUUCUUCAACAAAGCAGAGAACCCAGUCUUUUGGGAUCACUUGACAGACUGGCAAACGAUGCUAAGUCGAGGUGAUUUCGCAGAACGACCGAACAGUCCUCUGCCUUUAUCACCGUCACCCCCAACUACUGUCAAUCACAGUGCUACUCAUAAAUCGAGUAGUUCAACCAUUUCUUCGUCGUAUCACAGUGCUCCUACCACUGCAGCCAAUAUGAGUUUUAGUAGUAGCACUACUGACACUAACCAUCGAUCGCCUCACCGAAAAACAAAAUCGAAAUCAUCCAUAACCAGUCCAACAAAAAAACGGGAUAGCAGCAAAGUCAAGGACGAGCUUUAUGAUGACUUUUGGGCUUCCAGAGUUGCAUCUAAUGAUAGUAAUAAUACUAGCAGUAGGAGUGAACGAGAGAAGGCAAAUAACGUUGCUGGCGAAUCAAAGUGUAUUACAUUGAAAGAUAUGUGCCGAAAAGGCUUGAUACGCGUGGGAGAUGUUAUUGUAUAUAAACGCAAUUUCAGUGCUUCCAAAGUAAUUGUGUCAAAAUCAAUGAUGGUUAUAAAGGCAUGUGGUACUUCUGGUGUGUCUAUUGAACUGGACGGUGAAGUGUACGAGGAUUUUGAAACGCCUACUGCAUUGGAAACAAAGGUCUUAGAUCAUCAUGGUGAAGUCACCAAGGAUAAACGUCCCAACGGCAAUGCAUUCAAGAGUAUACGCCUUAUUCGCAGUGGAAAAGACUUGGGAAGGCUUUUUGAUAUCAGAAAAGAUGGCUUCGGCGGCAAUGAUCAAUGA